GUGUACUUCCUCCAAUCAGGAACUCGUGCUCCGAGCUACCGAAGGCCCCGCCUUCCUAUCCUCAUUUGCAUGUGGGCGUGGCUACACCUCCGUAGUACUGUUAUGUGGCGGGGAGAGGCGCGGGUGAGGGUAAUGUAUGGUGUGACGCCUCUCUGUUAAUCAUUCUCUCUGAAGUAUUUUUGCUGCCAGCCUUAUAGAAAACAGAGAGCAAACUCACUACUCAGCAGAAAGCCCUGAAGAGAUUGGCAGAGUCCUUUCCCCUCCUGGGACCUUCUCUACUUACAGCUCCUCAGGCGUGUUGUGUGAUCUCUGUUCUCACUGGGAAGUCUAUAUGUGAGCUGUGCUGAUCCUAUCUGCAUCUAUAGGCCGAGGACCCGGAGAAGAGCUUUUACCACUUUAAAUGAAUUACUGGAACUAAGUUACAAACUUCACGUGGACACAAUGGGGCAGCAAGGACAGGGAUAUGGCUACUACAGGACAGUCAUUUUUGGUGCCAUGUUUAUGGGAUAUACUUUAUACUAUUUUAAUCGUAAGACAUUCUCUUUUGUCAUGCCAUCUGUAAUGCAAGAAAUCAAGCUUGACAAGGAUGAUUUGGGUUUGAUCACAAGCAGCCAGUCAGCAGCAUAUGCAAUCAGCAAGUUUAUAAGUGGAGUCCUGUCUGAUCAGAUAAGUGCCCGCUGGCUCUUCUCUUCGGGUCUCUGUUUAGUAGGCUUGGUGAACAUUGUAUUUUCAUGGAGCUCCAGCGUGUCCGUCUUUGCUAUGCUUUGGUUCUUGAAUGGACUGGCUCAGGGAUUUGGAUGGCCACCCUGUGGGAAGGUGCUCCGUAAGUGGUUUGAGCCUUCGCAGUUUGGCACAUGGUGGGCGGUAUUAUCUUGCAGCAUGAAUCUUGCAGGCACCCUUGGUCCUAUCAUUGCAACCCUUGUCGCAGCUAGUUACAGCUGGCGCAGCACUCUUUCCAUGUCAGGGCUGAUCUGUGUUGCGGCCUCUGUGGUGUGUCUUUUUCUCAUUAAAAAUGAGCCAUCAGAUGUGGGUCUGAAGAAUAUUGAACAAGGACCCAAAAAGGGAAAGAAAGGUUCUGGAGCUUCAGAUGAGACUACAUUGAAGGAGUUUCUAUUGUCUCCAUACCUGUGGUUACUGUGUACUGGGUACUUGGUUGUGUUUGGAGUAAAGACAUGUUGUACAGACUGGGGUCAGCUCUUUCUCAUUCAAGACAAAGGACAAUCUGCUUUAAUCGGAAGUUCCUACAUGAGUGCUCUAGAGAUCGGAGGUCUUGUCGGCAGUAUCUUAGCAGGUUUGCUGUCUGACAGAGCAGUGGCAAAAGAAGGGUUAAAGAGCCAUGGCAGCCCGCGUCAUACUUUACUUCUCUCAAUGAUGGCUGGAAUAGUGGGCUCCAUGUUUCUGUUCCGUAUUACAGUGACUCCUGGAUCACCCAAGGUUGAUGGAAUCUUAUCUAUCGCUCUCGAGCCACUUGCUGAGAUGUCGGGUCUGAAUGAACAAGAGGUAUGGAUUCUCAUCCUAGGCGCCAUAUUUGGCUUUUGUUCAUAUGGACCUAUUGCUCUCUUUGGGGUUAUUGCCAAUGAAAGUGCGCCAUCCAACUUCUGCGGCACUUCUCAUGCAAUUGUGGCUCUUUCUGCCAAUGUUGGAGGAUUUCUUGCAGGAUUGCCCUUCAGCACGGUUGCCAAAUAUUACGGAUGGGACGCAGCCUUCUGGGUUGCUGAGAUGACCUGUCUGGCAGUCACCAUAAUCUUCUUUCUUCUGAGGAACAUCCAGACUAAAAUGGGGCGUUUGCCCAAGAAGUCAGACUGAAAUGAAAUGAAAGAUCCCUCCACCGAAGAGUAUGGAAGUCAGACGGAAGGUGGAGGGAUGGGUUUUAACUUAUUAACUAUUUUCAACUCAAAGUACUGCAGAGUUCUGAUUGGAUGCUGCAAGCAAGUCAUGUGGCCUUUCCCCGUUAAGGCACAGAAGCAUCCAGACUGCAGGACAUGAAGAAAAUGGGGAUAUAACACACUGCCAAUGUUAGAGUUUAUGAAGGAAAGUUCAUUUCAUUUUACCCUUUACUGUGAUACAUCACAGACUUUUAACUGGAAUUAAUACUACUGCAUCUCUCACAUACAAAACUAAGAACAAUAUUGUCAUUAAAUAAACACAACUGGAACAAACCCUUUGUAACUGGG